AUGGCCAGCGAGCAAAACAUCCAGACAUUCCGUGACUUCCUCACCCAAUACAACUUGGUUGCCGAACAAUGCUUUACGUCUUGUGUUAACGAAUUCGGAAGCCGGACGGUCAACGCCAAAGAAGAGUCGUGUGCCAACAAUUGUCUCGACAAGUUUCUCAAGAUGACACAACGAGUAUCGCAACGAUUCCAAGAGCAUCAACUGCUCAACGCACAAGCCAACGGAGCUGCCAUGUGA